AAAAAAGGUUAAUUGGCCUCCCUUUGUCCUCUUCCCCUUUGUUCUGUCAACAAGGCUCUGCUGAUGUACCGCCUCACAAAGCCUGAAACUAUAUCGUUCUACGCAUCAGUCCUCGACGCUUGCUCUUCAGCAAAAAGUUUGCGAAACCUCAAGCAAGUCCAUGCCCAAACAAUAAGACUUUGCAUUUCUAGCAAUGACUUCAUUCGAACCAAGCUUGUUUCUUCCUAUGCCUCCUGCGCCCAAAUGCGCGAGGCUCAUAUCAUCUUCUCCUUCACCAUACGUCAACCCACCUUUCUCUACAACUCCCUCAUUAGAGCCUAUUCUUCUCUUAAUCAAUUCUCUCGUUCCCUCUCCAUUUUUCAUCAAAUGAUCGCUGCCCAGAAGCCCAUUCACAGGCAGACCUUGCCUGUUGUGCUCAAAUCUUGCGCCGGAUUAUUGAAUCUAAGGCUUGGAAAACAAGUUCAUGUUGCCGUUUUAAUUAAUGGGUUUUCUUUGGAUUUGGCAAACAACAAUGCAUUGAUAAAUAUGUACGCUAAAUGUGGCCAUUUGGAUAAUGCAAGAAAGGUGUUUGAUGGAAUGACAGUGAGAAACGAGAUCUCGUGGUCAGCUAUGAUCUCUGGAUACGCGAAGCUUGGAGAGGCUUGGGAGGGGUUUAAGUUGUUUGAAAGGAUGGUGGAGGCCGAGGUAAAGGUAGAUGGGAUGACGUUCACUGCAGUUCUGAUCGCAUGUAGCCAUGGAGGGUUCCUGGAGAAGGGGAGAGAGUAUUUCGAAAUGAUGGAGAAGAGGUUUGGGAUUAAACCAGGGUUGGAGCAUUACACGACUAUGGUGGCUAUGUUGGUGAGCGCAGGGCUAUUGGAGGAGGCUGAGAAAAUUAUGACAAGAAUGGAGUUUGAGCCAGAUGAAGCAUUAUGGGGCCUGUUGUUGGCUGCCCGAAGAAGAAUUCAUGAUAGAGAUUUUGUGCAAGGAAACUGUUUAAACAUAUGCAAGAAUGCCGAUGACUUAGGGUCCAAACGCUGAGAGAUGGGCGAUCUUUUGGGAAUGUGGCCCUGAACCGUUAAUUUACUUCUAAACAUACAAAGUUGCAGAUCAUUAGCCUCAACAAGAUGUGACAUUUAGGACUUUCUGAGCUUAUAGAGAAAAAAUUCAAUGGACUCUAAAUGUCUAAUGAAUGAGACUCAGAAUUUGAGGAGUUUUCCUCUAAUACAUUGGAUUCAUUAAAGUAAUUACAGUGAA